AAGAGCCUGAUCGCCAUCAUAUAUUCAUUUAUUGACACUGGAGUAGUUUCUAAGGUGCGUACUAUCCGUUAACCAUAGUAAUGUAUCUCUAGACUGCACAUUGAAUGUGCGCGAGGGUCCCAAAAAUUACGCGUCCCAGAGGGAGUCGGCCCUCUGGUGUGUGGCGACGCGGUCGGUCUGCCGAAGGCAGCCCAGCGGUGGAGUACCCGGCGUGGCCAACAGGCGUCCUUCGAUACGAAGACCGAAGGAUAACCCUGUGGCUCGCCCGCGAUCUACGUAAACGCCAGCUCGAACGAAACCCUGGGGGAGAACAGCUUAUGACUUUGCAUAGUCGGCAUCAACGCUGCUGCGAGGUAGGGACUACCCUACGGCGUAGAAGCCGGAGAAGACCAAGCUGCAGCGCGAGCACGGCAUCCACCGCCUCCUCCGGCCUCGAGCGCGGUCGAAGACCUGCGCUGUGGUGACGUGAAUCCAAGUGGCCACCCGCCAGUCGUCCUCUCAGAACGUCGGAUUUAGACGACGGCGGCACGCGUGAGCAUGCCAGGCUUCGCCCCGAUCCUUGGGAGGCUGAUUGGCUGACGAGCAACCACCUGGGGAGGUCGGAGGGUGG